ACAAAAGCACGUGAUUUCCAAACGCACCCACACCCCCAUAUUUGGCCGCAUACAUAGCAAAAAACCGAAGUACAGUGCAUUGCUAUAAUUCAUGAAUACAUCAUAAAUCGUCAGACGCGGGGUGAUCCACAAAUCAAGCCUCCAAAAUUCACCCAAAUGAGUUCCUACUUUGUGAACUCGUUCUCAGGGCGCUAUCCUAAUGGCCCCGACUACCAUGUGUUAAAUUAUGGCACUGGAAGCAGCAAUGUGAACGGGGCUUACAGGGAGGCGAGCAGCAUGCAUCCCACCUCUUAUGGUGCCUACAACUACAAUGGCAUGGACCUGAGCGUCAGCAGGGGAAGCGCUCCCAGCAGCAGCGGCGGAGGAGGAGGAAGCAGCAGCCACCACUAUGGAGACAGCACGGGAGGCUUCCCAGACCCGGAGAGCAGGUUCAGAGCCGCCUCCAGCUGCCCCCUUUCCUCCCCAGAGUCCCAGAACCACGGGGGGAAGAACGAACAGGUCCCCUCUGACCCGACUACCUCCAGCAGCAGCCACUUCACAGAGAUAGAGGAGACCAGUGCGUCCUCAGACCCUGAAGAAGCCACCCCGAGAGGCGGCGGUAGUGUGCAGCGGGCGCAGCAGGAGAGCAGUCCCGCUGGAGCGACCACUGCAGACGGACAGACCCCACAGAUCUUCCCCUGGAUGAGGAAACUGCACAUUAAUCACGACAUGGCAGGUCCCGAUGGGAAGCGGGCGAGGACAGCCUACACCCGAUACCAGACCCUGGAGCUGGAAAAGGAAUUCCACUUCAAUAGGUACCUGACCCGCAGGAGACGCAUAGAGAUCGCACACGCACUGUGCCUAUCCGAGCGACAGAUCAAGAUAUGGUUCCAAAACCGGAGAAUGAAAUGGAAAAAAGACAAUAAACUGAAAAGUAUGAAUUUGGCCUCAGCAGGCAGCGCUUUCCAGCCCUGACAGUGAAGGCAAGAAUGCCAGGACUGCACCCAUUUGGGACACCUCUAGUGGCACUUUCUGGGCACCUCUAGUUGGACAAUGAUGGCUACUGCCCUGGAUACCUACCACCCACCCACCCACCUACCUUUUCCUCAUUUCUAGCUGUGUACAGUGCGCUCAGUCGCCGUGAUGUUCCCUGUUUGUGACUGUAUACUGCUGCUUUUUGUAUGGACUACAUGGCAUGUUCAUCCAGCUCUUCAGUGUUCUAACUUAUUUAUAAUUGAUGAUGAUGAUGAUGAUGAUGUUCAUCAUAAGAAGAAUUUAAAAAAACAUAAUAUGCGUUUUUAAAUGGUUUACAGGUCUCUCUUUUUUUAUUUUUUCCAGACAGGUAGGCUUCAUUGAUGCACUAAACCUCCUUGCAUUGUGUUUGACUUCGGUGUCAGAUCUGUGUUUAUUGCUUGGUAGAUUUGUGUUUGUUAAUUGUUCUCUUAUGACAAGGUAUUAGGCUCAAGCUACUGUCACACUAGUCAGUGUUGGGGG